CUCUUUCGGGUCCUCCUUUCCAAGAUGACGAAAAAGAGAAGGAACAACGGUCGUGCCAAGAAGGGCCGCGGUCAUGUGCAGCCUAUCCGCUGCACGAACUGCGCCCGCUGCGUACCCAAGGAUAAGGCCAUUAAGAAGUUUGUCAUUCGGAACAUAGUGGAGGCCGCCGCCGUCAGGGACAUCUCCGAAGCGAGCGUCUUCGACGGUUAUGUGCUUCCCAAGCUGUAUGUGAAGCUGCACUACUGUGUGAGUUGUGCCAUUCACAGCAAAGUGGUCAGGAAUCGAUCUCGAGAAGCCCGCAAGGACCGAACCCCUCCGCCCCGCUUUAGACCUGCUGGUGCCGCCCCACGACCUCCACCAAAGCCCAUGUAAGCAGCUGGGUCUCCAUGGGCUGAAGAGUGCCGGCUUUGGCAGCGCGUAUAUUAGUAAACUGAAGAAAAGCAUCUCUUGGGAAAGAAAUAAUAAAGUGGAUGUUACACUUUA